AUGGAGAGCGGGGCCUACGGCGCGGCCAAGGCGGGCGGCUCCUUCGACCUGAGGCACUUCCUGACGCAGCCGCAGGUGGUGGUGCGCGCCAUGUGCUUGGUCUUCGCCUUGAUCGUGUUCUCAUGCAUCUUCGGCGAGGGCUACAGCAACACGCACGAGUCCAGCCAGCAGUACUGCGUGUUCAACCACAACGAGGACGCGUGCCGCUUCGGCAGCGCCAUCGGGCUGCUGGGCUUCCUGGCCUCGGCCUUCUUCUUCGUGAUCGACGUCUAUUUCCCCCAGAUCAGCAGCGCCACUGACCGCAAGUACCUGGUCAUCAGCGACCUGCUCUUCUCAGCUCUCUGGACCUUCAUGUGGUUUGUUGGCUUCUGCUUCCUUGCCAAUCAGUGGGCAGCCACCAAGCCGGAAUAUGUGCUGGUGGGAGCCGACUCGGCCCGGGCGGCCAUCACCUUCAGCUUCUUUUCUGUCUUCUCCUGGGGCGUGCUGGCCUCCUUGGCCUACCAGCGCUACAAGGCCGGAGUGGAUGACUUCAUCCAGAACUACGUGGACCCCACUCUGGACCCCAGCACGGCCUACGCCUCCUGCCCAGGCACGCCUGUGGACAGCUACCAACAGCCGCCCUUCACCCAGAACGCCGAGACCGCAGAGGGCUACCAGCCGCCCCCUGUGUACUGA